UGUUACGUUGCUUUUGGGGGCUUUUGGGGUACCUCUCCUAAGACUCAGAGCGCUGACAAACGGGCAACGUGACUCGUUCCCCUUCCGAAUCUGGAGCCAUGGAGAAGCGUGCGGCGGCCCAGGCCUUCAGUGACCGACUCAAUGCCACUCCUGCGGAGGGCGCGGAGGCGGACCGCUUCCGCAGCGCGGUGGAUCGGCUGAGCUCGAUGAAGCGGGAAGCGCCGCAGGCGCUGCUGCGGCUGGAGGAGGUGCCCGCAGACGUGGCCGCGGUCAUGGAGUGCUGGUGCCUGCUACACGGCAAAGCGCCCAGCUCCGAGCAGUGCCUGAAGUUGCUCAAGGAGGAGCCAGCUGAGGACUUCACCCUCGUCGGCAUGAGUAAUAUCAACUGCUUGACGGAGGAGGAGCUGGCUGAAAUGCGCCGCCGUCUCCCCGCAGCUGCAACAAGCGACGGCGAGGCUGGCGAGGCCGGCGAGGUCGUCGCGACGAUGCUGGAGUGGAUGCAGGCUGCGGUGGUCAUGCACGACUGGGCGCGGCGGCAGCGGGCCCAACCGUCCGACUGACGCUGGCGGUACGACCGCGGACCGAAAAAGUCGGGAGACUGCGCUGCCCGGCGAAGCAUUGGUCCUGAACUGCGAUUGGCUUUAGUCCAAAAGGUUUGGGCCGUGGGUAUUGGCCA